CGGGGCGGGUCUUGGUCGGUGGGCGGGGUGCCUGCUGCCAGAGUGGACAUGGCGGCCGGCCGCGUCGCGGCUGUAAUAGCCGCCCUCGCAGUGCUGAGUGUCUGUGCGGCUAGCGGCUCUGGGCCCGCGGGGGAGACCGAGGCCGGCGGGGAGGCAGAGUGGGCGGAACCGUGGGAUGGCGCGGUUUUCCGGCCACCCUCGGCGCUGGGCGCGGUGGGGGUGGCGCGCAGUCCUGGGGCCCAGCAGCCGGGGGAGGAGGCAGCGGACUUGCCAGUGCUACUGUGGUGGAGCCCAGGGCUAUUUCCCCACUUCCCGGGUGACUCGGAGCGCAUCGAGUGUACGCUCGGCGCGUGCUUGGCGUCCCGGGACCGACGAGUGCGGGGAGACUUGCGGACGCGCGCGCUGCUCUUCUACGGCACCGACUUCCGCGCGUCUGACGCGCCGCUGCCCCGCCUGGCGCACCAGAGCUGGGCGCUCCUGCACGAGGAGUCGCCCCUCAACAACUUUUUGCUGAGCCACGGCCCGGGCAUCCGCCUCUUCAACCUUACCGCCACCUUUAGCCGCCACUCGGACUACCCUCUGCCGCUGCAAUGGCUGCCCGGGACCGCCUACCUGCGCCGCGCGGCGCUUCCGCUGCAGGAGCGCGCGGAGUGGCGGCGCCGGGGCUACGCACCCCUGCUCUACCUGCAGUCGCACUGCGACGUGCCGGCGGACCGGGACCGCUAUGUGCGCGAACUGAUGCGCUACAUCCCGGUGGACUCGUACGGGAAAUGCCUGCAGAAUCGGGAGCUGCCCACCACCCGGUUACAGGACACAGCCACGGCCACCACCGAGGAUCCAGAGCUGUUGGCCUUUCUGUCGCGCUAUAAGUUUCACUUGGCUCUAGAAAAUGCCAUCUGCAACGACUACAUGACGGAAAAACUGUGGCGCCCCAUGCACCUGGGGGCCGUGCCGGUGUACCGCGGCUCGCCGUCUGUGCGGGACUGGAUGCCGAACAAUCAGUCCAUCAUCCUUAUUGACGACUUUGAGUCGCCUCAGAAGCUGGCAGAGUUUAUCGACUUUCUGGACAAGAACGAUGCGGAGUAUAUGAAAUACCUGGCAUACAAGCAACCGGGGGGCAUCACCAACCAGUUCCUUCUGGAUAGCCUGAAGCGUCGCGAGUGGGGCGUGAACGAUCCUUUACUGCCCAACUACCUCAACGGCUUCGAGUGCUUCGUCUGCGACCACGAGCUGGCUCGGCUGCAAGCCCAGAGAGCCCAUGCAGCCUCUCCUGGGGACAUCCCAGUCCCCGAGCCUCACAUAGCCCAGCCCUCGCACAUGGACUGUCCAGUGCCCACCCCCGGCUUUGGCAGUGUGGAGGAGAUUCCCGACAAUGACAGCUGGAAGGAGAUGUGGCUGCAAGAUUACUGGCAAAGUCUGGACCAAGGGGAAGCUCUCACUGCCAUGAUCCACAACAAUGAAACACAACAGAGUAAAUUUUGGGAUUACCUACAUAAGAUCUUCAUGAAAAGGAACCAAAAUCUCUAAUUGCUUUUGCAAGAGCCUUUAACUUGGUAGAGCUAAGGAGAUCUUAUUCUGUCAUGGGACAAAAGGAGUAUCCACUGCACAAACCCUUACUGAAUGUUGCAUUAUCAUGGAUUCAAGGAAAUCAGUGCCAUCUACGGAUGUUUUAUCUUAACGAUGUGUCUGUGGUGAAGAUCGCCUCUCCUGAAGACGAUAUGGAGGCAUCCAGCUGUUGUUCAGUACAAACAGAAGUCCGAAGGUGCUGGUCCAACAGUAUUUUUAGAGGACUGCUCGCUUCUCUAAGCUAUUUCAUCCCCUCAGUUGCACCUGACUACCAGAGAGAUAAGAUGGGCCAGGUCAUGACAUACAUGUUCUUUUGUUGGAUUCCUCAAACCCCUCAAUAUGUAGUACCUUUCCCAGUCAUCUCAUUCUCAGAACUGUUGAGUUGGUAAAAAAGCAGAACUGCUGAUCUAUUUUUAUUUUGUAAAAUCAUAUACCUUGCCAUUCAUGUUAAACUUUUUAUUUUAAAUGCCUUUUUCUUUCCUGGUUUUAGGCCCUUUUCUACCAUUUCAGAUGGAGAUAGAGAAAUCUUGUCAUCAUCCUUACUGCUGGUUUGCUUCUUUCUUGGCAUGUAAUUGGAAUUUGUUUCCGUCUCAUGAACAGAAAGAUCCAGUGGCUGAUACAUGCCAUGACAACUUCAUACUUCCCUAUUCUAUUUUAGAUCAAAGGUGGGCACUAAGUCUGGCAGAAAAAGUCAGUCCUUCAUUCACUCUAUUACUGAUUUCCUUUCAUCGGCUGAGACUUUUUGAUGGAGCCCAUUCAAGGCCCUAAACUCAAAGGAACAUGAAGACAAAGCAGGAGAUUUAAACCAUGGCAAGCAGCUGGCUAAAAAAAAACCUCAGUCAGGCUUGGGGAUGCAGCCAAACCCUUCUAUUGCUGUGGUUUGAACAUAUAGUAUAAGGAGUAGGGAGACUAUGAGCUUUAUCUGGGGCAGUGGAACACAAAAGUUAGAGCUACGCUGGUUGUAGUGUUAAUAUGACUAGAGAAGUUCCAUAGCUUAUCGGUACAUUUGACUGUAAUUUUAUUAUAUCUCUAUGGAUAGACACAUUGGAUUCUUCAACUAUGCCCCAUGCUUAGUAAUGAGACAUCUAAAGAUAUGGCCAAGCAAAGUUGUAACUCAGGUUGGUUUCACUGCCAAUAUCCUUCUUUUCACUUUUUUUUUGGACAGGCAGAGUGGACAGUGAGAGAGAGACAGAGAGAAAGGUCUUCCUUUGCCGUUGGUUCACCCUCCAAUGGCUGCUGCGGCCGGCGCGCUGUGGCCAGCACACCGCGCUGAUCCGAUGGCAGGAGCCAGGUACUUAUCCUGGUCUCCCAUGGGGUGCAGGGCCCAAGUACUUGGGCCAUCCUCCACUGCACUCCCUGGCCACAGCAGAGAGCUGGCCUGGAAGAGGGGCAACCGGGACAGAAUCCGGCGCCCCGACUGGGACUAGAACCCGGUGUGCCGGUGCCGCAAGGCGGAGGAUUAGCCUAGUGAGCCGCGGCGCCGGCUUUCACUUUAUUCUUUAAUAAAAGAUGUCCCUCAUAAUGGCAGGGAAAAUUUGCUUAACCUGUUUGGCCUUUUGCAUAAAGAACUGGGAAAGACAGACGUUCAAAAAUAUAUAUGUGAUAUAGUAGACACUCAAAUAUAGGACUCUGACUUCUAAGCUUUUAGUCUUUUUAAAGGUAGAUGCUAAUACAGUACAAAAUACAUAUUACACAAGAACAAACCUAGGUUAGGAUUGAAUUAUGUACAUGCAUUGCAUUUCAUUAUGUGCAAUAAAAAGGGUAAGUGAUGGUUAUGCAAAGAGUGGAAUUACUCUUACCUCUCCCAUGUAAUUAUACUAGCCCGCACUGGCAUUUAGCACUUCCGCAUACAAAGUAGGCCAGUUGUUUAUGAAUUCCUGGAGACUUGGGCCUGCUUUGUGCUAAUUGCUUCCCAGAUAUUCUCUUUUACUCCCAUCACCUUAUACGUUUUCACAACAGAACAGGGUAAACGAGGUGCUACAUUUCUACAAGGGAAAGCACUUGUGGAACCAGGACUAGCUGCAUGGUCCUUGUCAGCUAAAAGCUUCACUUUCCUUACAGAUAAAGCGAGCAAAGUCAAUUUUCUAUGGUUUGAGACCCUGCCUGUUCUGUUUGCAGCAACAAACAGGUUUACUUGCUGCAGGCUGGGUUCUUGGUAGUGGAAGUGUCUGAUGGGAAUCUUAUUUACACUUACUGGAGUGUGUCGGUUGUGCCCCUUUGUUACUGCAAAUAUUGCUAUUUUUUAUUAUCUCAGGUUUCAUUUUGUAUAAUAAACUGCUUUUUAAAAUAG